AUGCAAGAAUAUUAAGAACUCAAAUCGGAGCUGUUUGGGAUACAUUUAAUAAAUGGAAGAAAUCUCCCUGAGGCUAAUCCUGAUGACUUAAUCAAAGCAAGUAGAUUUGAAACUUAAUUAAAUAAAUUUACCUUACAUAUUUGGAGAAAAAGAACUUGGAAUCCUCUUUAAGAAGUUUAUGACGAUGCAUAAGCUUUGAAGAAGAGAGCUAUUAUUUUGAUGAUCAAGACAUAAGAAUCUGAAUAAUAAAGAGCAUUGGAUUAAUGGAAUAAGAACGUUGGCUUAAUGAAAGAAGUUGAGAGAUGCAAAUGUGUCAUCGGAUUGUUUGGAUUUAUUGGUGUACAUAUCAAGAAUAAUAUUGCUCCAUUAAAGCCGGAUGAAGAAUCAUAAAAGAAAGAAAAGGCAUUGCUCAGACUUAUUGGAAACUUUGAUAGUAAUUUAAGAUAUUUCUUCAUGAAGUGGUAUAAUGAUGGAAAACUAGAAAAAUUACAAGGAGCAAUGACUGAUGAAAAAAAGAAAUUACUCUUAGAAGCAAUCAAUAAUUUCUCAAAGAAUAAUGAUUUUGCAAGAUUGAGAGCUAUUCUUGCUAAGUUCAGAAGAAACUCAAGCAUAACUGCAGUCUAAGAUAGAUUCUUUGCUAAAUUAUUUGCAACUUAAUUUGGCGGUGCCAUAAAGGCUUUCUAAAAAUGGAAGAACUUACCAGAACCAGUCAAUACUGAGUAAAUGAAAAAUGCUAGAAAAUUUGAAAGAACAUUAGAUUUACUUUUUAGAGGUAGAGUAAAAGCAUCAUUUGAACCAUUAAAGGAUGUUUAUUAAGAAGGAAAUAGCAAAAAGUUGUAUUGUUUAAGAAAAUUAAUGACUCUUGCUAUGGGUUAAAAUAAACGAUUAUUCUUGUAUUGGAGAGAUAUAAAUAGAUUACAUAAGUCAAUCGAAACAUGUAAAUAUACUACAAAUCUAUUUUAAACACUUGCAUUCACUCUAGCUGGACAUGUCUAGUCAAUAUUUAAGCCAAAUAAAUAAUAAGAAAGUGUCUUGAAUAAAAUGUUAUUAAAUUAUAAUAAUACUUUAAGAUGGGCAUUUGUUCAUUGGAAUAAUUAAGCUAAAUAAGCUAAGAUUUAAUCUUAAUUGGAUGAUGAAAAGAAAAAGUUGUUACUAUUUGCACUCCAUAGAAAUUUAAGAACAAAUGAUUAAGGAAAAUUAAGAGAUAUUUUGAGAAAGUUUUCAAAAGAGAGGUAAAAGCAAGCAUUAAUAAAGAAAAUAUAAAUAUAAUUAUUGCAUACAUUUGUAGGGUAGAUUGAGGUAUCCUUUUAAAAAUGGAAAGCUCUACCAGAAACUAAAGCAUUAGACCAAAUGAAAGCUAGUAUAUUUGAAAAAUCUCUAAAUCGAUUCAAAAUUCAUAUGGUGAGAAAGUCAGCUUAUAAUUAAUUAUAUAAUAUUUACUUAGAUGGAUAGGCAAAAUAAAAAUAUGCAAUAAAUAAAAUGUUGUAUAAUUGUAUGAGUGCUUAAAAGAAAGCAUUUUUGAAGUGGUACAAGGUUGUUGAAUUCAGCAAAGCAGCAGAAGCUUUCGAUAUUUCGGACAAGAAGAAACUUGCAAUCUAAUUAUUCUACUAACAUAAAAUGAACUAAUUAAAUGUAGCUUUUGUUGAAUGGAAGCGUUUAUCGUCACACCUAACUAAUAAACAAGAGACUGCAUAAGAGAGAGAAGUUAGAUUAAAGAGAGAGGCAAUUCUGUUAUUCUAAAACUUUGCAUAAAUUAGAUUAAGAAUAUAUUUCUAAAGGUGGAACAUAAGAGCUGUUAAGAAGAAUAUGAUUUCAGUAUUUAAUGCAAUUUAAAAAUUACUUUUCAUUAACAUGAAAUAAGAUAGAGAAUUAAUUAAAGAAGCAUUGGAUAUUUGGAGAGGACCAAAAUUGUAGAAUUAAUGGUUCUAAAGAGUAGCUGAAAUGAUUGCAAAGAAUACAAGAAUUACUCCAUAAAUAGCAUUUUGGAGAAUGAGGGAUAACGCAACGACAUAAAAAGCUGUCAGUUUAAAUACUUUAUAAAUAGUUAAAUGCAAAAAGUUGAUAAAUAAUUUGCUAAAGGCAUAUGACAGAGUGAGAUAAAGAGCAUUUACCCAAUAUAGAACACUUUGGAAGAGGAAUAACUGAUGCAAGUUCAUUCUAACCAUCACAUUCAAGUUUCUUAUAAUAGACCCCUGUUCGAGAUUCUUAAGCGAAAUCCUAAAUGGAAUCAAUUAUUUUAAAGAAUAGUUAAUAGGUAGCUCUUAGUACUUUGUAAAGAGUAUUCCGAAGACAUUUGAAAAUAAGAUUCACUGAAUUAGUUUUAAUUGCUUCACAAUGCUAGAAGUUAGGUGAACAGAUGCUAAAAAGUUCAAUUUAGCCAACUUAAUACAAAUUCAUUCAUAAAAAAA